AAAUAUAGCACUAUACAUAUUUAGAGUAAUUGUCAAAAUUUAUAAAAAUGUGGUAGAGAAAGUGGUGUGGAUGUGGUGGUGUGGAGCAGCCCAGUGGCCGCCCCUCCGCUCUUUCUCAACACACCACCAACCAUGACGGCGGCCAAGCCUCCAGUGAAGAAGCCUGUGGCGAAAGCUACUGGUAGCAAAAAGCCUCAGAAGCCACAGGUUCAGGCAAAGAAGGGCAAAGGUGUAAAGGGGAAGGUCGGCAAGGGUCGCCGUGGAAAGAAGCUGCAGCUUAAGUUCCACAUUGACUGCCGCCAGCCUGUUGAGGAUGGCAUAAUGAAUGCUGCCGACUUCGAAACGUUCCUACAACAGCGUAUCAAGGUCAAUGGAAAGACCAACAAUUUCUCCAACCAGGUUUCCUUGGAGCGCAAUAAGCACAAGAUUACCCUUAAUGCUGAUGUUGCUUUCUCUAAAAGGUACCUGAAGUACCUCACCAAAAAGUACCUCAAGAAGAAUAAUCUUCGUGAUUGGCUGAGAGUGGUUGCUCCCCCCACAGCCAAGGACACCUAUGAGCUCCGCUACUUCCAGAUCAACAAUGAGGAAGAUGACGAUGAUGAUGGUGAUGAGUAACUCACAGCUCAAUAAAAUUGUGAUAUUUA